GCAGUAUAAAUAUCUCCAUGGGCAAUCUUUCGGAGAAAAACAAAUGGUAUUGUACCACCAUAUUUUUGGAGAAAAACAGGUAGAGUCGUACCACCGUAAAAUGAUGUAGUACUCUCUGCGUGCACAUUUGACAGUCAGUUAUACGCACUGUUUGCUAGACGACGGUCCGUUGAGUGCAUGAAUAUACUUUGCGAAGUUUAUCCGCCAGCCCAGAAUUGCCGCUUAAGAAGGAGUGUCUUAUCAUAGCAAACUGAAUCUCUUCGUGCAAGCAGACGUAACAUGGAGAAGAGUAGUGUUCUGUUUCUAUGUCUAUAUGUUGUAAUUCUCCUAUACCCGAAUCCCGUACAAGCUGGUGCAGGAAACGAGUGGGGUUACGAAGGAGCAAACAGGCCAGAAAAAUGGUACGAAGAGUUCCCAAGGUGUGGCGGAAAGAAACAGUCCCCAAUCAACAUUGUCACGGACGAGGUCAUUCUCAACAAGAGGCUAGGGGAGAUCAAAUUUACUGGCUACGAUCAGAUGUUGACAAAACCCGUUUUGAAAAAUAAUGGCCAUUCUGCACAAGUUAACUUGGAUCAUGAUAUAUUCAUCGAGUAUGGGGGUCUCCCUUACCAAUAUAAGGCAGCUCAAUUUCACUUUCACUGGGGCGAAGCAGAUCGGCGAGGUUCGGAACACUCAGUCGACAGUGAUGGAUUUCCCAUGGAGAUGCAUAUCGUUCAUUACGCCACAGAGUACGCCAACUUUAGCGAUGCCGUCAACAAACCGGACGGACUAGCAGUGCUGGCCAUCUUUAUGCAGGUGGGUGAAGAAGAGCAUCCUGGAUUCCAGCAUAUUGUCAGCCAUUUAGACUCCCCGAUACAUAAAGGCGAAGAGAUUCCAAUGGAACCUAUGACACUUAAAAGCCUGUUGCCGUCUGACACGAAAACGUUCUACCGCUACAGCGGCUCUCUGACAACUCCACCGUGUUACGAGAGUGUGGUGUGGACGCUUUACCCAGACUACGUCACUGUCUCUAAAGAUCAGGUCGACUUGUUCCGCAAGUACCUAAGGGCAAAUGCCGCGAAUGCGACUAAUGAAGUAAGAUUGGUGAACGAUUACAGGCCCCAACAGCCAAUCAACGUCCGCCUUGUAGAGACCAAUACAAUCAUGGGACUAGCAGGAAGCGGUAGUGACGCCAGAGCUACAACAUUAUAUUUAGUACUUGUCUCUUCUCUCUCUUGUUUUUAUUUUCACUUUCUACUCUGAAUAAAACUUUUUAAAAACGGA